CCUGCACACCGGACUGACACUCCUCACGACCAGAACCUUGUGUCUUGACGCGCACCUGCUCGCUAUACCCACCCCCUCUCGUCUUCUCUCCUUGUCUAUUUGUGGUUACCUAUAGUGUUCUUUUAUACUCUUCCGCUUUUUAAAGAACAACUACAAGAGGACGUGACUUACAUUGGACAAUAAUAGAGCUUAAGUGUUGUGUAGUAGCUUCUAUGUGCCACUAACAGCACAGAUCGCCAAGUGAGGCCCACCUAUGAUGAACUGGACAUUCAGUGGGAUCUAGUGUAUUGUGUGUGUGCCUGCGCGUCUGUGCGCGCGUCCUUCUGUGCGUGUGUGUCCUCCAGCAAAACUGAAGAUGGCAUUCGCAGCGGCCCGAAUGAUCCUUAAGGAUAAAAGAAGAAAAACAUCCAAGGAGGACUUCGCGCCCAGAAAUAAAAGCAAGACCCGGAGUACCAGCACCAGUAGCUUUAGAAGUGUCAGCCAGGCGCGGAACAAGCCUGCAGACGGUGGUGGCCACGUGAACCAGAAAGGACCGACUGGACCCAAGGCUGCCGCGACUACCCCGGCCAAGACAUCUCAGACGCCAGUCAAGAAGCCGCCGACCGCCCAGAAGGGACAGGUGAAGACACAGCCCAAGCCGGCACCUCCCCCCGUCAAGGCUGCCAACAACAAAAAGAACAAGAAAGGGCAGAGACACCAACAGCACGAUUUAGUCGUCACCAUCAACUUGUCGGAGUAUGGACUAACAGAAGAUCAAGUUGCAGAGUUCAAGGAGGCGUUCAUGCUGUUCGACAAGGACGAAGAUGGAACCAUCACCAUGGCUGAGCUGGGGGUCGUCAUGAGAUCUCUGGGCCAAAGACCUUCAGAGACGGAACUACGGGACAUGGUGAAUGAGGUGGAUCAGGAUGGCAAUGGAACCAUCGAGUUCAAUGAGUUUCUGCAGAUGAUGUCUAAGAAGAUGAAAGGCGCUGACGGUGAAGAUGAGCUCCGAGAAGCUUUCAGAGUGUUCGACAAGAACAACGAUGGCUUGAUCUCGUCGACAGAGCUACGUCAUGUGAUGACAAACUUGGGAGAGAAACUGUCGGACGAGGAGGUCGACGACAUGAUCAAGGAGGCAGAUCUGGACGGUGACGGCAUGGUUAAUUACGACGAGUUCGUCACGAUCCUAACAUCAAAAAAAUAAACACCACGAAACAGACUGAAGGCGGCAUCCAGCGCUGCCAAGCGGACAAGUCCACAACUACGUCCAGGUCAAUGGGGGUGCGCGCGCAACUCCAGCUUUCAAUUAUCAAUAUUAUAGUUUAUCACGAUGUAUUGUUUUGUACUCCCUUAGUUUUAGGGGCAUCAUUCAUCAACUUGUGUACGAUUGGUUUUUGUACAAUCACUUUCAUAAUUAGCGCUGAUUUAUAGAGUUAUACUUCGUUACGGUAUUUUGUAUUGUGUAAAUUGUCAAUAUGGAAAUGAACAAGAUAUUUUUAUAUUGAACAACGUUUAAACGGACUCAUUUAGCUUUUUUAGGAGUAUUUUAGUGAAGAUACUGCGUAACUAGAUUCGAUGAAUGGCUCUCAAAUUUCAUAACCAAUGAAAUGCCAGUGUAAUAGAUUAGUUUUAUUGGAUAUAAACACAGUUAAUGAGGAAAACUCGAUACAUGUUAGUGGAUAUAUAACUUUAAAGAACCAGUAGUGGAUGUCUUGAUAUUGAGGGAAUCUAGUUGCGCAGUGGGCGUAUACAAUAUAUCUCAAUUAUAUUAAACCCUUUGACAUGAUUUAGUGAAAACAAUCAUUUAUUUCCCUUCGGCCCUUGCGAAGGUCACACAGAGCUUGUGGCAGGUUACAAUCACCCCCCCCUACCCCAUCCGUCUUUAGCUUUUAAGUGACAAAUCAUUUCCUACGUUGUAAUCACAUUACUAUACUAUUUGUCGUCUAUCUUGAAGAGUCUUCAAGACAACAGAUCUUCCCGGACGAGUACUUGACACUGUUUACAUGUGAACAAACUCUAAGUCAUUCUCAAAGACUGACUGGUAUUCCUCCUCGGUUCAUAGCAACUAUAACAGAAUUUCAUGUAAAAUUACUCCUACAGUAAUUUAAAAAUAUGAAUAACAAGUGUAGGAUUAGGUGUACUACAAACAGUAUCAUAGUGAGCCAACGACUUUAAAGAAAUUAUUCUUAUUUUUUAUAUGCUUUAUGGAUUUUAAACAUUGGAACAGAUUAUUUAACACAUUAUAAUAGAUGUGGUGUCAGCGAAUAGUGUAAAUGUAUUGUUUUUUGUUUAUAACCACCAACUAUUUUAUUUAUAUUAAACUGUUUAUUUUUCAUUGGACGUAAAACGUGAACGAAAUAACUGUAACCAAGAAAUUAACCAUUCACGUAAAUAAUAUAGUCCAAAAUAUCAUCUUAGACUUAAUUUACUAAGAUGUUAAAUAAAACUCUGCUUUUCAAGUUCGUAAAGAAACACCGAGAAUGGUAUAAAAUAUUGGCUAAAACCGUUCAAUUAAAGUAUAAACAUAACUAUAUUUCUUACAAGCUUAUACUUUAGAAGCAGUACACACAUUCACUUAAAUAAAUUAUCAUUUUAUAGUACAUUUUAUUAAUUAUAAUAAUAAUGUUGUAUUUUUUCUGUUAAUUGUAAUAUUUCAUAUAAUUAAACGAAAGUUACAAUAGAUCUUCUAUCUUGAAAUCGUUGCCAUGUUCAAAUUGAAAUUACAAACUUGCUAUAACGUUACGUGUUCAAAUAUAAAAUAGUAUCAAUUUAAUAAUCAUUUAGUAUCAGUAAUAAUUUUUAAUUGUGAAACUUAAUAGUAUAACGAUAAAUUCAGCUAAUUGCUUUUAAACUAAGUAAGUUAAUUGUGCUUCAAAGUUUACAAUAUUUCUAUACGCUGAAGAACAUUUCUUUGCAUUUGUUCAGACUAAAAAAGUGCAAUUUCUGCCUAAAACAUCCUCUCACAUUCCUUUUUCGUUGCAUUAAUCGAUUAACAAACAAAUUCAAAAUAUUUUAGAUCAAUUAAUUGUGUUAAAGUUUAAGAAACCGACGAAACUGUGAGCCGUACAGUUAGUAAUUAAUUCAUUAGUAUCUCUCAUGAUGUCUGUAAGACAUUCUAGAAUCGGCAUCGUGGAUCCUCGUUGGAACUUAAAUUCGCAUUACAAUUACUCGUUUUCCUAUUUUAAUUAAUUAACCAUUAAUUAGCUGUAAACAGAAUAAGUCAAACCUGCACAUAUAUAUUGAUAAUUAAUAUAUAAGUUGCAAUGCUUUGAUUUAAUUUAAAUUUAAGCAUUAAUAAUUUAUUACAAUUUAAUAACCUCUAUUCUGUCUAUUUAGUUAAAAUUAAAUUAAUGACUAUUAAGUGAAAUAAGGCUGGUUGUCAAUAUCUGAUGUUACUAUAUUUAGCCGUAUUUAAUAAAUUAAACAUAACAUAAUAUAUUUGAAUUAUUAGCUUAUAACUUAUUUCCAAUGAAUAAAUACACGGGUAUUGUACCUUUAUAUAUCCCUGUAUUUGGAAACAAAGCUAUACAGUCAAAUUAAUAAAAUUUGAGAUUUUAUAUGUUAUAUCAAAGUAUUUAAAUCAAUGCUGUACGUAUAAAAAACGCACCUCUGAAAAUUUUCAAUAGUAAAUUACAUUAAAAAAGGUCACAUAGAACAACAUAUGUUGAGAGACCUUUUUGAAGCCUACUUUGUUGAUAUUUCCAGUAAUAACAAGUCAUCAUUAAAGAAAUUUUACAGUUAUUAUAUCCUCCUUUGCAAAAAUCUCUAAAAUUGUUAAUAAAAUAAUUGAGGUGGUUCCGUGACUGCAGAUCGGUUAAACUUCACUACUUUAUGAAAUGUUAAACACUUUACGUAUCGUUACAGAGACGUAGUUUCAUACGAUUACAGUGGAGAAUGUCACGAGAGUAUUUACUUGUUAUCUUGUAUUACUAUGAAGGUUGUAACCACUGAUCGAUCUCAAUACAACGUACCUUCUCUCUAAAAGGUUUCUAGCUAGCUGUACUGACAAGGUCUGGGAACCGUGUCGAGUUUUAUGUCAUUCUUUAGUGGACAUCUGAUUUACAUGUUUCCGCAAAGUAUUGUAUUCCACUGGAGAGAACCUGCCUUACAACUCGAGGCCUAGCGAUAAUUCAGAAGUCAACACAACAGCAGUGUACUGCGUAUUUUGUUUCAGCACGCAUAGUGAAUAAACCCUCAUGUGAUAAGAUUUGUUAAUGAAAUCAACACUGUAAAUAACUAAUAUCCCAGAGUAAACCAGGCGGUGGUUGUGUUUUGUAAUUGUUUAGUCCUGGACAUUAGUUGUGAUUUGGGUUGUGUAUUUAUUAAGUCGAUGUGAAGUAUGUUGAUAUUUCAUGUGUAUUGUAAGGUAUGUAAGCAGGUAUCCACUUCGAGACCGAGGUCAGACUGAAAUCCAUUAUUCGAGGACUGCGCGAGAUCAAGUUUCCACCGUUUCAUACAAAGUUUAUCUUUUAUCUAAUACAAACUGUGACUACUUUAAACAUUGUGGACUUAAUAUACAAAUACGCAACAUUUAUAUGUUUGUAGCUUUUAUAUCAAAUGAAAAUUGAUCAUUUCGGUCCAUGGUAAUUUAUGGACGUUUAUGUCGUUGUGGUAAAUAUAAAGCAAUAUUCAAAUAAAUAAAAUAACUGUUUUUCAUAAAGCAUUAUCUGACUUUGUGGUAGGGUAUUCCCUACUGUUACAUAAGAGAUUAUAUAUUAUAAUUAAUAUUAUAGUUUAAUAUUUUGGAAGAAGAAUGCCUGUAAAUUUAAUAUAUUCACUACUUACACGUAUAUUACUUAAAAAUUACAAUAUUGGGCUUUAAUCACAAUUUUUAUCAUUUUAGAUAUUUAUUAAAGCAAAUAAAUACAGAUUUUUACAUAGUUACUUGAAAAAUCGUGUGAGUAAUUUUAGGAGGAUGGAAAUAAACUAAACUAUUUACAUCACUGAAUGGAUAUUUUGGGAAGAUUCAUCACAAAUAUUAAGAAUAUCAAUCAAUAUUCUGAUAUUUAAUAAAAUUUUAAUUUAAUUCAAUCAAUAUCAGUACAGAAUAAUAGUGUAAUUGUAUAAAGCUGCGACACUGACUUUCCCAGCGGCACCUCAACCACUGUCUUCCUAAACUGCUUGUACGAUAAAAAAAGAAAUAUUGACAGGAGUACUUUCAUUUUAGGCCAUUAAUAUUAACGUUGUAUAUGCACAGAUAUGUAUUUGGAAUUUUUCAUCAUACGUAUGUUUCGCUUUCUAAUAAAUAAAAUAAUGAACGUAUAAAGAUAUGAAAGUUAUACAGCGAUUUCCGAUACGUCGAUGUUAGUCAAUGAAGCGCCAUUUUUUAUUAAGUGACUCUUGUCUUUAAACAAAAUUAUUUAAUCGCAUUAAUUUGAAUCACAUGUUGUAGGUAAAUUUUCGAUGAGGUGUGUUCAGUAAAUAACGUUCAAGGUAAGUUUGAUGCAUUUCUUCUGGCAAUAACUUUCAAGUACAAAACACCCAGCUGUGGUUUAAAACAUAUAUACAAUAGUAACGCCAUCAUUUUGAGAGUGACAUUCUGAAAUGAGGAAAAUGUGAAAUUAAAAUAUUUAUCACUAACAGUGAAAGUGACACCUGCUUACAUAGCGCUGCAUUUAUGUUAUUUAUAUGUGUGAACAUUGUUAUGUGUAUGUGUACACUAUCUCGUUUACAGAAGUCACACUGUCUACACAACCCUCGUGACACAGGUCACUACUUGCUUGUAUAUAUAAUAUACGUAUAGACUAGUGUAUCGUGCAAUAAUAUACAUAUGUCGUGACUAUCCGUUAUAGAAAUUGUUGUUAUAUGUCGAACAAGAAAAUAAAACAAUAAAAACUAUAAAUGCAUUUUUGGUAAUAUGAGACGAACCUAACCGUUUAUAACAUUUUUAAAACCACAUGACUGGCAUUAAAAUGUGACAGUAAAUGAUGCAUUAUAACAAUCAUUCAUUAGAUGAUAACCAUCAAAAAGAUGUUAGUUAUAAAGCAGAUUAAACUCAUAAUUAAGCACAGUUUUUGUAGUGUCAUAGUGAAUACACUGAUUUAUGCUUUCACUAUUCUUUAUUGAGAUUAUUGAGUUGUCGGGCAUUGUGCUAUAUAACUGCUGGCUACAAGUAGGCAAAUAAAAAUCUAUGAGCCAUUUGGGCAAAAAAUAAAUUUUGUAAAUUCUUACCUGCACAGCAAAGGUGAAAAGGGAGAUAUUUCGGAGCAUUGAAUUGGAACAGUAAUACUGUAUGGAUGUACAUUUUAUACUAUGGAUAUGAAAUACAAUGCAUGGAUAUGGAAUGGUGUGUGACCGGAAUCAUGAUGAUGAGGAGAUACGGGUUGUACAUCUUGAGGAAACACAGACUGUGGAUACGAGUGGAGGAUUGGGGAUUCUAUGGAUCGGAUGGAGUACUAUGUAUAAUUUCUAUGUAUAAUAGAAUGUAUGACGGUAAUAUGUAUGGAAAGAUGGUGAGAACAUACUGGAAUCAAUUAGUGAAAAUUAAUCUUUAAUGGGGGAAACAUUUUUGUCACAGACGUCAUGUAAUAUGUGAAGUUUUCAAAGAUGAAUCAAAUCUGUGCAUCUGAAGGAUGACUCGUAUACGUAAUGAGAUGUUGGUGGGAUACGGUAUGGAUGCAAAAUUGGAUUUAUUUGAAUACUUACAUAAAUGUAAAUGAUAUAACCAUACGGUGGCAUGGGUUGGAUAUAAUAGGGAAAUUGUUAUGGUGGAUGAUUAAAAUCCUUUCAAGCUUUUUUUUUCAAAAGUUUAAAGAUUACUUUUGAAUAGAAUGAAUUUUGAUAAUAGUAAUACGUUACGCUUUGUGACAGACAAUUGUAUGCACACGUGUUUCACUUUAACUCUGAUAUAAUUAGUUUGUUUGGUUAGUAUUAAACGAGUAUAAAAUCAAAUGUAAUCUUUUUCCAAAAAUUACACACACCACGUAUUUUAUAUUAUAAGAACAUUUUCGUCUUCUUAAAUAUAUCGUGAAUUUAUUGCAGUGAGAGAUACAAUUUUUAAUUUGCUCUGCUUGAAUUAGUAGCCUUAGUCAUAAAAAUCACCUUUCCGUUUUGCCUGUUUAACGAACAAAACUCUUAGUAAAAUGAGGCAGCUAAAUAAACGUGCUGCCAUGAGACAACGAGCCGACGCAUAGCUCAUUUGAGAUUUUACAAAAACUGUGCUUUUAAUUUACUCUUGGUUAAAUGCAGACUACGGAAAUAUAUUUUACUACUGACCUAUCAAUGUUAUUACUGGUACGUAUAAUAUUUUUUGUGUAAUGUUGGCACCGUGUGUUGUGCAAUAUGUGUUGAAUUGUAGUAAAACAUUACGAUUGUUGUGUGUUGGAACUUAUAGCUCUUUUUUAUACAGCGUUUUGUUUUAAAUAUUUAUAGACAUCAACGAAAUCGUUUGUAAAUUUUAAACAAACCUAUAUUUAUCUGUUUGAAUUUUUUUUAAUAAGCACCAAACAUUGUUGUAUUAAUAUAAAAUAUGUUGAGGGCUUUGAAUAUUUGUUACUUUAAUUGUACUUUUAAGUCAACUUUGUUUACUACCAGCAAGCUUUAAAAGUAGACGACAAUUUUGUUUAAUAAAAGGCUCUUACAUCAUGAUCUCUUUGCAAUAAUAUUUGGUAAGGUUCGUAUUUUUAGAUAUCGUAAGCAAAAAAAAUAUAAGACUCAUUAUGUUUCUGUUUAGCGUUCCUUAUGCUUCCAAACGUUAAUUCAAUUAAACAUUAUGUUUAGUGUAUAAAAUGUUGUGCUGUAUAUUAAUACUCACACAAACAGAUAAAAGGUAUAAAGAGUCUAUUGUAUGUUGGUGCAAUUAAAGUUUGAUCUAUUAAAUAUUUAUUAUGGCAAAAAUUGUCUAGUUGAUCAAUUUAUUUGACAAAAUAUACAAAUUUCAUUACAAAGAUUAAUAUAUUAUGAAAUUUACUCUACAGCUGCUUUUUUCGUUUGAUUUUCAAAAACUUACAUUUGAUUUCACGGUACUUUCCUGGACGUAUUUAUAUAAGAUGCAUAGCAUAUUUGAUGUAGAGGUAUGAUAUCAUAGUAUGUUCGAUUGUACGGAUAAAAUGUGUUAUGUAUGUUUAAAAUCAUAUAAAUUAUAUGUAAUUGUUUUUAGUUUCCAAUAUGAAUGGAAAUAAAAACAUAUUUAUUAUUAAUUAUUAUUAAAUUUAUCAGCAGCAUAAAAAUAAUCUAUUUGUCUGCAAUAAUUACCAAGAUAUUCUUAAAUUAAUGUCUAGCAUGAUAUCCCGUUUACAAUUAAACAUUUUAUUUAUUCGGCUAAUAAUUUCAAAGCAUCAUUUCAUCUUUCAUUUAAGUUGUUUUAAUUUAAAUGGCAGCUGAAAGCACUAAUCAACGUAAACAACUAGUUGGUUGCAUCGGGAGAUACUUUGAUAAUAAUACUUCUAUAAAAAAUACUCUCCACUGUUUCUUGUUUAAUAAAAUAUCUCACCUUCCAUGUAUUUGACUGCAGAGGAUAUAGGUACUUUAUAGGUCCCUAUUCAAUAAAGUUGUUUUAGAACUUGUCUUCCCUUGGUUUAUACUUGGAUUUGUGCAUUUUUUUAAUGUUUAUUUUUGCUAUAGAAAUUAUAAAUAUAUAAUAUACAUUAAGUUAAUCUCGUAUAAUUAUUAUAAUGACACUAUGGUUGUUGCUUUUAAGUAAUAAAAAGCAAGCACAUUCACUUUAAAUGUGUUUUUGUAUUUCAGCUGCGUUUUUUCUUAAACUAUAUUUUGAAUAAGACCUGUUGCAACUUUAUGUUAACAGUAUAAAUACGAAAUAAAUCUUGUAUAAAACACAAAAUAGGGUGAUAGAAGUAUGUAUAAAUUAAAUACGCUGUGUGAAAUGGAUAAUACAAUCUAUAAAACUGCUAAUUGAAAACGAGCACAUAGCACGUUUUAAAUUUAAAUUUAAAAUAAUAACAAUUAUCGAAUUCAAAAUAUGUAACUAUGGACAUAAAGUUUAACAUAUAUCCAUGUUAUUAUUUAUGGAAAUGGUCUAGUUUUCUACAUAGAAAAGCAAAUAUACUGUUAACAAUUGAGUUCGCUGACGUUAACCAUGACAAGUUAUUUUUGAAUACGACGUUACGUACAUCAGCUCGUGUUUUAAAACUAACAUAGCAACUAAAAUAAAGCAACUAUUGUUAGUACCGUUACCGUUAAUACGAGUACGAUGGACUACAGUGCCACGAGCCGCGAAGGUCCUGAAGAGUGGCAUAAGCUUAUCGUCUAUAUUAGAUCAUACUGUAGAUUACCGUUAGUUUAGGCCUGUUACAUGAGUGUGUCGCAUGUAUAUAGACGAGCUGUAUGUACGUAGUGUGGGUUAUAGGUACUUAGCUGCAGUUGGAUAUGUAUUGUUGUUCGAUGUAAGGGGUGGUGGUAGACAGGCACUCAUACAACGCAAACCACGGGUUCACGCGACCAGAGUUAUACAUUUACUUUAUUUUAACUAGAUAAAUACAGUAUAUGGGUUGUAAAGAGUUUUAUAACGCUAUUUAGUUAAAUUGCAGUGCACGAAAGUGAAUACGUAAGCUAGAUAACAAUAAUUAUAACUCAUUUAUAUCCAAAUAGAUAACAAUAAUUAUGCUAUUAAAAUUCACUAAAGAAAGAAAAUCUGAAUGUUCAGUAAACUAAUGCAAUAUGGAAAGCGAAAUUUUCGUGCCAUAUAUUGUAUCUAACUUCGUUUACUCUCUUCUUUAGUUUAUUACAAUGUUUAGUAACAACAUUACUACAAUUUUUUACUACAAUUUGAAUAUCAGUACAUCAGUACCCAAGUAAGCAAAGCCUUACUUUCCCAAUUUAUUUAAAUGUCACUGCUGUGUUUUCACUUUAUAAAAAAUUACUCCAAGGGAAAUUAAUUCCAUUUUGAAACCUUGAAAAUGACCAUCAUUACUUAUAUUUGUUCGAAGCUAUGAAAUUUAGAUUUAUUAACGAUAUUUUUAGUAAAAACAACAAAAGUAAACGAAGUUACACUAAAUAGUGAUGACGAAUACAAUAUUAGUAGGCCAAUUUCUUAGAGUUACCUACCGACUUUAGAUUGUUAGAUAGAGUUUAAAAUUUAUAUAGGUGUUAGAAGCCACGUAUAAAUUGAUACGUUGGCCAUAUUUAUAGUAGAAAACUCUCUCUAUUUAAAUCGCCAUAAUUAAUAUUGUGUAUUUCAUUGUCUCACCACGUAAAACACUAAAACAUGAAUUUUGCAAAUUAGUUUAUAUUUUAUGUUAACAAAUUAGAAAAACUUUUUAUUGCAUUUUAACUUGUAUAAUAUGGCAAUUACUGUGAAUUUAGGCAAAUUUCCUGUUUUUUUUUUGUUUUUUUUUAUAUAAAUUGCAGAAAUUCCUCAUAGUUUCAUUAUUUAUGAACUAAUCGUGGGUUUAUAGUUGUACGAGUAAUAACUUUUAUUAUUUCAAUUUUUGUGACAAACUAGGUACAAUUGCAAUAGUAAAUCAAAAAUAACUUACUCAGGGUCAAUAUUAUUGUUUAUUCCUAAAUAUAAUUUAGAAAUCACAUUGGUUGGCCGGCUAACUCAGAACCCAGAACACCACCACCCUCGUAGGCUGUAACUGAGCCCUGCACGUUUGUGGGUCAGCUCUGUACACAUAUAUUACUGUUGAAAUAUUUUUAAGAUUGAUAUUUUCUCUCGAUGCGUGAACACGGAGUGUAUGUACUGUACAUGGUUUGUACCUCAGCAUCAUUAUUUAAUAUAAGUGAACAUGAA